UUUCCUUUUUUUUUUCUUCACUCUUCAAUUUUUGUUGCCUUCUUGCCCUGUAAAUUCAUCACCCAAACAGAAAAUUUAGAACAAUACAACAAACUACAUUCAUAUUCUAAUUCUUCUUUUCUCUUUGAUUUUAAUCUCAUGGGUGAAUUGAUCCAUUUCUUGAUUCGUUUCAUUUCUUGGUUCUUUUGAUUUUUAUUGACCAUUUCUUUUUCCUUCUCUUCUCCUCUCUUCAUUAUCAACUAUUGAUUCUUUGACUACACAAUUUCUGAGUUCAUGAACCGAUUCGAGCGCGCAAUAUCAAUUUCUCAAAAUGGUGGAGGUGCACCGAGGUUUGAACUGCCCACCAAUCCUCAAGAACUGCAAAGCCCUGAAUCUUUGAGUAUUGUUUUGCGAAAUGCACAAAAACUCCUAAGUGAUUAUGCAAUUUUUUCAUUGCCUCGUAUUGCUGAGCGAUUCGAGCAAGAUGGGUCUUCAAGUGAUCCAAACGUGAGGGGUCAAAUUCAAGAAGAGUUAGUUCAAGUAGGCCUUAGAAUGCAACAAUUUGGAGCCCUUCUUUUGGAUCUUGGGAGUUCAAUCUUGACUCUCCGCAUGGAACAAUCAACUGUUGAUUUGCAAGAUCUAGCUGAAAGAGUUGUAUCAACCAAUUGUCCAAUGGAUGUGUUUCGAGCUGUGGUAGAGAGUUCAGCUCGUAUUUCUGGGAGUAGUGCUCAUGAUAUUGCUAAUCACUUGUGCACCCAUGACUCACUUGCUGAGGAAUAUUUAGAGAUAUUAGCAACUGAUAUAAGCCGACGUUUAGAAAGCAAUUCAGAACAGGAAGAUUAAUGCAUUUUUCUGGAGAUUUGUGGAUUGGGAACUUCUUCUUCAACAACAAUGCCUUUGUUUUAGCUCUCCCUCUCUCUCUCUCUCUCAACUUCUGUUCUUGGUUUAAUGCUCCUUUUUAUUCUUUUAUUUUUAUAAACAUAUAUAUAUGAUUAUCCUCUAAACUAUGUGAGUAUGUUAUGUUUUAAUCUAUUUAUUACAUUCUAAUUGUAGAUUCUUGAGGCUGUAAAAUACAUUUCGAGCCCAUCUUUAAUUCUUCAUUUUUUUAAUAUUUCAA